AUGGGUUUGGUCUUCUCAUAUCUGGGGUCAUGGAAAUAUUCAAUCAAAUCAAAGACCAUUAUGUUGCCUCCAAGUUCUUCCCUACCUGCAUCUUCUGCUAUUGCUCCACCUAUUACUGGUCCAACGCUUCAUCCUAGAACUCCUACACAACCUAGACCUGGAUUCAUUGCCCAAUCUCCUGAUCUGCGUGUGACUACCUUUUGCCUGUCUCCCAUCCCCAAAUCACUGGAGUCUGACGCCGACCCAAGUGUUUACGAGGUCAGCAGCAAUGGUGAAUCUGAUACCACCGAUGGCAUUGGUAGCGUUGGUAGUGUUGAAGUGGUUGGCAAUGUUGGACCCUCAACAGGUUCUAAGAAAAAAAAGGCAGCUUGUAAGUCCAAGGCCAAGGUUCACGUUGUCAAAAGACGUGGCCGUCCUUGUGGUUCUGGUGCUUCAUCGGGCUUGGCUUGA